AUGGGAAAAUCAGUCGGGGGGUCUUUGUUGCUCUCGUUGGGGCUCUUGCUCUCGUGCAAUCUGUUGCUGGUAGAGACGAGGCUAAAUGGUGGUGGAAGGCUGGACAAUGCUGAAGUAGGAUCGCAAAGUACCGGCACGCCUAAGCGUGACCUUUGGCAAACUCGCAUUGUUGGAGGACGCGAAGCUCCUUCAGGCAUCUUUCCUUACUUUGUCGAGCUGGCGAAUGGUUGUGGCGGAUGCCUAAUUCACAAUGAUUUAGUACUCACGGCAGCCCAUUGUGUUUAUGGACACGCCAACAUGGCUCUCCUGCGAUCCUAUCCAAGGGUCUUUAUCGGUGGUGUUGUGGCGCAAUCUGGAAGGGCGGAACGAAGCAUUAUUGAUUUUCGGAUCGAUCCAAGGUACAAUCCAACAAGUGCCUCCUAUGACUUUGCUAUCCUGCUGUUGGAUAACCCAGUCGAGAUUGCAACUCCGCUACAACUUAACAGUGAGCCCAUGUUCCCUGUGGAAGGACAGCCUUUGACCAUUGUCGGAUAUGGAUUCACUAACCAAGGCAUUGGUCGAACAGCAUCGAGACUCCAACAAGCAUCAGUUAACUAUCGCUCCGAUUGCAAAAGUACAUAUGCAAAUGGGAGAGUAAAAGAGUACGAAAUGAUGUGUGCUCACGCACCGGACUACUCCAGGGAUGCAUGCCAAGGUGAUAGUGGCGGUCCCUUGAUUGCUGCGAACAAUGUCUUGGUAGGGGUUGUGAGCUGGGGAGAAGGAUGUGCCCAAUUGAAUGCACCGGGCAUCUAUGCUCGAGUUAGUGCUGCCAACGAGUGGAUGGCCCAGCAGAAAUGCGAGUUUUCGAACGUUCCACCUGCUGACUGCGUCUGUACACGGCAAAGCGCUGAUUGCGUGCCCAUCCAAGUCAAUGUCACGUAUGACAGUUACUCAACAGAGACUGGAUGGCAGCUUGUUCGCCCAUCAGACGGAGCCGUAAUAGUGUCCUCGCCUGCUAAAAGCAUCAGUACGUCACGAUUGGACACCAUAUCUUACCCAAUCUUGGUACCCUCAGGGUCGUACGAAUUGCAUGUGGAAGACUCAUAUGGGGAUGGCAUGUGCUGCCAGUUUGGAUCCGGAUCAAUAUCUGUAUUUGAUGGCGUGGGAAAUGUUCUUCACGAUGGUAAAUUUGAUGACUUUCUGUUGAUAAGGUUUGUGGCUUCCAAAACACAAUCCCGCGCUAUGGGAGACAACCCCCCUCCGACACGUUCGCCAAGCCUAGCUCCGACACCCAUGCCUUCCACCACGAUCCCCACGCCUUUGCCUACCACUUUGGCUCCAACGACCCCACCUACGCAACUGCCACGAGUAUCCCUACGAGUGGAGAUACUCCAUGACCACUAUCCCGAGGAAACCUCGUGGACUCUACGUGACAAUGUCACUGGCCACGAACUCAUUGGUUCUCCUUCCUACAGUGUGACGACCCCAAUGCAGUUGGUGGCUGCCACUGCUCCCGGUUUGGUCCCAGGGCAGUCAUAUACUCUGACGGUCCAUGACAUUGCGCAUGAUGGUGUCUGCUGUAUGUAUGGUCUUGGUAAAAUCCAGGUCCUAUUGGUAGCGAGCUCUGGGGAAGAGAAAGAGGUUUGGUACCAUAGUGGAGAAUUUGGUGACGUAAUCGAAGAGACCAUUACGAUUCCAUUGCCCUAA